AUGUAUGCAUUUCGUAUAUUUUUAGUGAUAGACAAAGUUCUUUCAGUGAAACAAACUUUGGAGAGUACCACCCUAUCCGUGGAACGCUAUUACCCAAUCCUUGGCAGCUUAGACUUACAGUUAACAGAACGAAUAACAUCAAAUCCAGCCCGUCGUGAAGUAGCUACAGUAAAAUCAACAUACAGUUUACCUGACUUACACGUAACAGAACGAAUAACAUCAGACACAACCCGGCGUGAACGACCUAUACCAAAGCCGAGAAACAGUUUAUCUGACUCACACUUAAGAGAACGAGUAACGUCAGACCCAACUCGUCGUGAACUACCUAUACGAAAGCCAAGAAAUAGCUUAUCUGACUCACACGUAACAGAACGAGUAACAUCAGACCCAACCCGCCGUGAACUACCGAUACGAAAGCCAAGACAUAGCUUAUCUGAAUCACACUUAACAGAACGAGUAAUGUCAGAUCCAACCCGCCGUGAAACACCUAUACCAAAGCCAAGACACCGAAAACCGACGGGUUUCCCAGCAGAUAUCGACCUUGACCUUUAUCUCUAUCUAAAGGACAAACACCCUGCCCAGUUGAGCUUCGCUUUAAAAGAUUCACAACCGAAUGUUGAAUGGAAAGAGGAAACGAUGCAUUUCACAUUUUCCAAUCAAGAUGCAAGAGAGCAGUUCCUUGACUAUCUAAAAGGUUUCAAAUAUGAAAUAGUCCCUGUUAACCCGGUUUUAGCAAAGCAAGGAUUAAGUGAAGAGAUUAAGGAGAUUAUCUCUGUGUUUAGUUCAGGCAAAUCAGUCUCGUUUAUAGAGAAGUAUAACGAGGGUUUCAUCAAGCUUGUUGGAAGAGCUGUGCCAACAUUUGAUCUUGCCGUCAUCGAGGUGAAAAAAUGUGUUGAUAAAGUCGAAGAGAGAACCAAUCGACGCGAAGAUGUAAUAGAGAUAUUACCUGUACACCUUAAAUUACUUCGAAAGUCAACAAGAUUUCAAAGGCAAGCAAUACACUAACUCACCAACCGAAUCACUGACCGACAGAUCAUAGACUAGAUUAGAUACAGAGGUCGAUGUUGGCGUAACCCAGUGAACUCUAUAUAUACUGGAACGACAACUGCAGGUAAACGGCCCUAUGAUUGCGUGAAGCCAAUAGACCUUAUGCAUAAUGACGUCAAAGGCUUGAUGGCAGCGAGUAUGCUGGUCUUAGUAGCCGCCAUCGCCGGGGAAAUUUAAACAAUUCAAAAUGGCCAGUAUCGAAAUUUUCCCGGGCGAUGACUACUAUGACCAGCAUUCCUCGCGGGAAGUCAUUAUGCACAAGCUCUAUUUCUACAUGAAAUGAUGCCGAUUUUUCAUGCUAAAUUCAGUAAAUUUCCGCGCAGGGGCCUAGGGCGUACCUAGCGUGCACAGCCGGAGUUGUCGUUCCAGUUUUUGUGCAGUUCACUGGCGUAACCAGCGCCCCAAUAUGAUUCGCAAUCGCAAUGCUGUCGCCAUGUUCUUAGCCAGUGCACUUACAAGAGGCAUUCUAGGGGGGCGACGGCCUCUCCUUCGCGCGCUGGUUAUAGGAACAUGCCGACAGCAUUGCGAUUGGGAAUCAUGGCGUGGCGGUAAUUAUGCUAACAUCAAAGGCGCCAAAGUGUUUAAAUUAUUCGAUAGGCAGACUGAACCGACCAAUCUUAAAUGACGUAAAGUACCAACUACGACCAAAACAGCAUUCUAUUUCUUUUUUAAGAAUAAAUCAGUUGAAACUAUUAUUUUCAGGCUGGAAAAUUCCUUAAAGCAAGAUGGUUGUGAAAUUCAAAUAGAAGACACAAAAGGAAGAAUAACCGUGAAAGGCUCACAAGCGCAAAUACAAAAGCUUAAAAAUGAAACACAAGAUAUUGUUGGCCGCUUUGGCGAACGCUCAUUGAAGCAAAGCAAAUUUUCCUUGUUGAAAACAUCCAAAGGCCUUUCUCAUGUGAAGACAUUGUUUCCUAUGGAAAAUUUGAUGGUCGAAGUGGAUGAUCAAGGGAAUGUAAUGUUGUAUGGAAUGGAUCAAACACAAGUUCCACAAGCGUAUAAUACGAUAGAGAACGCUAUCGGUGAAUUGAAGCUUCCUCCGAGUAAGUAAGCAUUUUUUGUCACAGCUUCUUUGUUUGGGAGAUGUAGUUAGCACGCUGGUUCCUUCCCGCUGAGUUACAGUAAGCCUUCCACUCUAGGUCGAGAGUUGGAUAUUUACGUAGGUUGGUACUAUAAACUUCUCUGCCCUUAAAAACACUUUUAAGAACAAUUUGGUUGGAUUUACUCCCUCACCGAAACUACCCUAAGGCCCAUAUAUUUUUCGAGCACGUGCGUCAUAAGCCUCUGGUCCGAGUCAGUGAGCUCUAUGUAUAUAUAUAUAUAUAUAUAUAUAUAUAUAUAUAUAUAUAUAUAUAUAUAUAUGUUAAUUUAUUACUGCAGCAAUAAAUUUACGUGGUGUUUCCACAAACAAAAAGUAUUAUAAGUUAUGAGUUCAUAAAACCAGAGUGUCAAAAUACGAAAUUUCGGCACAUUCCAUUUACCCAUCUGUGCGAUUAGACAGCUGAAUGUUUUGUAGUUUUCCCACCUUUGGGAAUCAUGGCUUGGAAACUAGUUCAGACACAAACCAUGGCAGCUUAGAUAUAAAUUCGCUUGUUUGAUAUAGGUUUAAAAACAAAAUCAUCUCAGGAUGCUUUGCUGAACGAGUUAGGAGCAACCAUUCCCCUUAUAUUGCAAACAGAAGAAGGACAACCUCGUAUUGUAUGUUUCAAGAAGCAUUUGCAAAGCCUGAGUGGCAAAGUAGACGAUUUUCUGGAGCGAAAGAAGACAGUUGAAAAGCGUGUACCCCUUGACAAGGUCGUAUUACGCUACCUUAGACUACACGGUGGAAAUCUUUUCGAAGGUUUGCAUCAGUCAUUACUUGGGUUGAGCAUAAAGUAUGAUAGUGAUGCUUUGGUCGUGUCGGGUGAAACGACAUUGGUUGAUAAUUGUUGUACUAGCAUAUACAACUUUACUAGAGGUUUGUAAUUUUUCAUUCGUUUUUUAUUCCAAAGUCUAGUAAUUAUAUGUCAUUCCUAGACUGUGCCCACUUCCCAGACUUAAAAACUUAAAAGCCUAAUAAACUGAACUUAACUUUAGUUACACUGGAUAGCUAUAUUAGUUAUAAACUUCUCCCUAACCGGACCCUACAUGUCCACUAAGGGUCGUCCUCUAUUGAUGCAGAGUUUACUGAAAAUAAAUUUAACUCUAUCAGUUUUAAACAGUUCUCCGUAUAGAAAUCGAAGUGCUACUAUAAACAUAGGUUUAUAACUAUAGUGUUAAAGACUGUUACAGCUAGGGACUAUAAUCAUAAUUAUAAUCAAAUUAUAAUCAAAACAUAAAUAAUAAUCAAGGCAUAUGCCAUAAUCACUAUGCAGGGUCGCCAAGGAGGGCAGCAAAGGUAGUAGUUUGCCCCAGGCCCCAGCAAAAGGGGCACCAAAACAAAAAUAAAGUGAAAUAUGCAUGGAUAUUACUGUCAAAGAGUCUUCUUGAAUACAACAAUCUGCCACUCCUGAGACUUUAGGAUCCCUAUUACUGACAUUGGACCUCUAGGAAGGACAGCUUUAGGCUGAUAGAACUAUCCAGUAUAAAGUGAGUUCAAUUUUAGUUCUUAAGAUUUUAUUUAACAACCUAGUGUUUGCUCACAUACAGGUCUGAUGUUGGAGAGCGUGAAUUGUGGUACACACCAGACUUCAGGUAGUAUAAGUGAAGUUACGUCCAUGCCAAUUAUAGAAAGUAUCGAAAGAAAACACCAAUGUGCUAUUUUGGCUACAACCAGAGAGGAAACUGAUAGACGUAGCUCAUUCAAUGCGCCACCUACAAGUCCUGUGGACAAUUUGAAUGAAAACCGAAAGCGUACAUUGCAAUGUCGAUAUACUACUUAUCCCAGUCGUAAGAUUAUAGAAAUACACCAAGGUGAUAUUCUGAACCAUCCUGUAGACUAUCUGGUUAAUUCAGCGAAUGAAGAAAUGAAGCAUUCUGGCGGACUUGCUAAAGCUAUUGUAGACAAAGGAGGGCAAAAAAUUCAAACGGACAGUUUUCGUGCUCUGCAGGAUCGAGGGCGGGAUAAACUCCUGCCUGGAGAAGUGGUUAUCACGGAUGGAGGAAGCUUGACGUGUAAGGAAAUAAUUCAUGUAGUGACAUCGAAAUGUAGUUCGACGCUUUUGGGUAGUCAUGAAGGGGAAACAAAAGAAGGGACGCAUUUAAGGUAAGCAAAAACCAUCUGGCAUGGUUAUAGUAGCGGUGGUGACGAUGGUGAUCAUGAUGGUGGUAAAGAAGGUGAUUGUGUUACGGUGAUGGUUUUGGUGAUGGUGGUGAUGGUGGAAAUGAUGAUGGUGGUGAUGAUGGUAAUGAUGUUGGUGGUAAUAAUGGUAGUGUUGUAACGGGUGUGGUGAUGAUGGUGGCAAUUAUGUUCGUUGUAGUGAUGGUGGUACCGGUGGUGGCGAUGAUGGUAAUGUUGGCAGUGAUGAUGACAACGAUGAUGGUGUUUUAACGGGGUGGUGAUGCUGACGAUGCUGAUAAAUGAAUAAAACGGAAUAACGGCUUUCUUUACAGACGCUGUUGUACUGAUGUGUUAAUGAAUGCAAGAGACGGACAAACGAUAGCCAUUCCAGCUUUAGGCACGGGAAUCUAUUCAGUCCCACACGAUGUCAGUGCAAAAAGUUUAGUAACAGCUGCAUAUGAAUUCCUACAAGAAAACCCAUCACAUGCUUUGAGAGAAGUUCAUUUUGUCGACAACAAUCCCGCAGCUAUUAAAGCCUUGAUGAAAGAAAUGACGACAAGAUUUGGACAUGAUCCCAACUUCCAAAUCAAUGAGUUGGUUGGCGAUAGGUGGAAAUCGUACCUAGGUGCAGCAAGUGUAACUCGACCUUCGACUCCUGUGGUGUCUAGUGGAGAUAUGGCAUUUAAAACCCCUGAAGGAAUGGAAAUACGACUGACGGUUGGAAGUAUCGCAAAGUCCACGGUAAGAGAUUCCAAGCCAUGUUUCUCAAAGGGUGGACAAACCAGGAAACUUUGUUUUCUUGCCAUGUUUCCCCCAAAGGUGGACAAAAUGGAAAACAUUGUUUCUUAGCCAUGUUCCCUGAAGGUGGGCAAACCAGGAAAUAUUGUUUCCUAGCCAUAGUUCCCAAUAGUGGACAACCAAACUAGGACACACUAUUUCCUUGAUAAGUUUUCCAAUAAUGGGUAAACCAGGCAUCUUCAGCUUCUAUUCUGACCACACCCUUUUUAUCGGGCAAAGCGACUCCACACACCCUAAUAUUUAAACCCAACUCACAGCCAUGGUUGCAGAAAUAUCUGAAAUAGGUUAAAUGCAUAAUUUUGUCCUUCGCAUUCUGUAUAAACGUUGCAGACCGACGUCAUCGUCAACACAGUUGGAAGUGAUUUAAAUCUCACUAAAAAUCCUUGUUCAAAAGCAAUUUCGGACGAAGCUGGAAGUGUUUUGACAAGCUAUUGUGAGAAAUGGAUUAGAGACCACGGUCAGGUCCAAGAAGGAAAAUUUGCAAUCACGGAUGGAGGCAUGUUAAAAUGUAAGAAAGUGAUUCAUGUUUCCUGCCCGAGUUGGACAGCUGAUCAUGGAGAGCAGGUAAUUAGAAAUAUAAGGUGUUGUCUUCCAAAGUAAUGCUGGUGGUGUAGAGAUGUUAAUAAUUUGCUGGAGUCAUGUUUGUUAACACUAUUGUGAUGAGAGUUUCUUAAAGGUGAUCUACACACAAAGCCUUUACAUUUUACACGCUUGCAAAUGGUGUUGUAUACAAAAUUCUCCUGAAUUCUGCAUAAUUCUCCUGAAUUCUGCAUAAUUCUCCUGAAUUCUGCGGCAUGUAGUAAAACACUGACUACCGGAACACCGGAACACCACCGGAACACCACCUAACCCUAACCCCAACCCCCAACCCUAACCCUAACCCCAAACCCUAAUCCUAACCCCAAACAAAAUGGUGGUGUUCCGGUGGUGUUCCGGUAGUCAGUGUUUUACUACAUGCCGAAUUCUGCAUUUCCCCCUCCAUUUUCUCAGUUAAAAUCACUUCUUUUUGAAUAAUUUCUUAAAACACAACUGUUGAAAUCCUAGUACGUUUCACAAGCUAAUAAAAUUUAAAUAUUAUACGGCAUAAGCGUCGGUAUUGUAUCAGACCUGCAACCUCCCGCGUUCACCUGAGUUUGUAUAUCUGAUACAACACGGCCACUCAUGCUGCCUAUUUUACUUGUGGUGGUAGUGACGCAUGGUAGUGUGUCAGUGGUGAUGAUGACGAUGAUCGUUGUCUGUUAAUGUAGUUUAUUUAAUGUACAUUAGCAGUUUUUUUAAUGAAGUUGACGAUGCUGCUGAUGAUCGAUGGUAAUUAAUGGUGGUUAUGUUGUUGUAGCGAGAAAAAUGGUUAGACUGAUUAAGAAAAUGAUAGAAAAGGAUGUUAUUUUUGAAAGUCUGGUUUACACUAUCAAAGUUUCUGACUGUAGGAAUUUAGCAUAGGGUAAAUUCUAGGCUUUGACGUGUAAACCAGCCUUAAAUGGUGACAGGAGCAGUAGUGUUUGUUAUGUUGACAGCAAUACCAAAGUUAUUAAAAACCCUAUAACUAACCAAGAUAAUCCUUUUUUACAGAAUCUCCGUGAGUUGGUGCAAAAACUACUAGCCCAAGUCCAAAGCCUAAACCUAACCUCAAUUUCAAUUCCUGCACUCGGCACAGGAAGACUAAAAUUCCCUGACAGUUUGGUUGCCAAAGUCUUGAUCGAAGAAGCCAUGAAAUUCAGUUCAAAACACAGCUCUUCUUUGAAAAUCAGGCAGUGCAAUAUAGUUGUCUACGACGAAAACACGAAGGCGGUGUAUACCUUUCAAGAGAAAUUCCAAAUCUAUUCACAGACAAAAAACGAAAACAGACUCAAUGCCGCAAAAAUAGAACACAAGACAGUUGAUUUCCUAAAACCAGCUGUCAAUGAAGAAGCGGAGAGUUCUGAGGAUGAGACACGCGGUGUAAAUGUUGAAAUCGUUCAUGGAGAUAUUGUCGAACAAUCGACAGAUGCUAUUGGGUUUCUUGUUGAAGAGGAUAUUACACAAGGUAUAAUGUCAUGUAUAAUACAGAAAGCUUCUCCUUACGGGCACAUCUCUAAUAUGGAGAACACUUUAAUGUGGAUACCACUUUAAUAUAGACAACUCUCUAACAUGAGCACUUCUCUAAUACGGACAUAUCUCUAAUAUGAACACCUCUCUAAUAUAAACACCUCUCUAAUAUGAACACCUCUCUAAUAUAAACACCUCUCUAAUAUGAACACCUCUCUAAUAUGAACACCUCUUGAAUAGAGACAACUCGCUAAUAUGAAUACCUCUCUAAUAUGAGCAUCUCUCUGAUAUGAACAUCUCUCUAAUAUGAACACCUCUUGAAUACAGACAACUCUCUAAUACGGACGUCUCUCUAAUUUGAACACCUCUCUAAUAUGAACACCUCUUUAAUACAGACAACUCUCUAAUAUAAACACCUCUCUAAUAUGAACACCUCUCUAAUAUAAACACCUCUCUAAUAUGAACACCUCUCUAAUAUGAACACCUCUCUAAUAUGAACACCUCUUUAAUACAGACAACUCUCUAAUAUAAACACCUCUCUAAUAUGAACACCUCUCUAAUAUGAACACCUCUCUAAUAUAAACACCUCUCUAAUAUGAACACCUCUCUAAUAUGAACACCUCUUUAAUACAGACAACUCUCUAAUAUAAACACCUCUCUAAUAUGAACAUCUCUCUAAUAUGAACACCUCUCUAAUAUGAACACCUCUCUAAUAUGAACACCUCUCUAAUAUGAACACCUCUCUAAUAUGAACACCUCUCUAAUAUGAACACCUCUCUAAUAUGAACACCUCUUGAAUACAGACAACUCUCUAAUACAAACACCUCUCUAAUGUGGAUGUCUCUCUAAUACAGACACCUCUCUAAUACGGACAUCUCUCUAACAUGAACACCUCUCUAAUAUGAACAUCUCUUUAAUAUGAACUCCCCUCUAAUAUGAACACCUCUCUAACAUGAACACCUCUUUAAUACAGACAACUCUCUAACAUGGAUGUCUCUCUAAUGUGAACACCUCUCUAAUAUGGGCACCUCUCUAAUAUGGACACCUCUAAUAUGAACACCUCUCUAAUAUGAACACCUCUCUAAUAUGGACAUCUCUCUAAUAUGGACAUCUCUCUAAUAUGAACACCUCUCUAAUAUGAACACCUCUCUAAUAUGGACACCUCUCUAAUAUGGACACCUCUCUAAUAUGAACACUUCCCUAAUAUGAACACCUCUUUAAUAUGGACACUCCUCUAAUAUGAAUACCUCUCUAAUACAGACACCUCUCUAAUACCGACGUCUCUCUAAUAUGAACACCUCUUUAAUAUGAACACCUAAUAUGAACACCUCUCUAAUAUGAACACCUCUCUAAUAUAGAUGUCUCUCUAAUACAGACACCUCUCUAAUACACACACCUCUCUAAUAUGGACGUUUCUCUAAUAUGAACACCUCUCUAAUAUGGGCACCUCUCUAAUAUAUGGACACCUCUUUAAUAUGGACACUUCUCUAAUAUGAACACCUCUCUAAUACGGACGUCUCUCUAAUAUGGGCACCUCUCUAAUAUGGACACCUCUCUAAUAUGGACACUUCUCUAAUAUGAACACCUCUCUAAUAUUAACACUUCUCUAAUAUGAACACCUCUCUAAUAUGAACGCCUAGUGGACACGUCUCUAGUAUGGGCAGCUCUCUAAUUUUGGGCACCUCUCUAAUAUGAACUCCUCUCUAAUAUAUGAACACCUCUCUAAUACAAACUUAAUGCUCUUCCCUCUCCUUCUCCCCUUAGUUGUUUUACCAGCCCAAUCCAUCUCAUACAUCUGCUAUUUAUUAUCACCACAUACAGUAAGUAGGAUGUAAAUCAGAUGCAGAUCAGCUGUGAAAGCUUCGUAUUACUUAAAAAACACUCUAGCUCUUACUUAUUAUCAACUUUUCAAUAUUAUUAAGGUGGCCAAAUCGGAGCAGCGCUUCUUAAGGCGGCGGGUGGAGAUUUAGUACAAGAGUACAGCAAGUUAAGCAAGAUCGAGGCAGGAACUGUUGUUAUGACUGGUGCUGGAAACCUAAAGGCACAUUGUUUGUUGCACAUGGUUAUAAAAAACACCGCUCUGAAAACAGGAAAGUCGAUUCAAGAUGCAGUUACAAAUUGCCUGAACCAUGCUGAUUUGUAUGGGUGUACCUCACUGUCCCUGCCUGCAGUAGGCACAGGACAUCUAAAGAAAGAUGCCAAACAAUCUGCAGAGAUUUUGCAUAGCUGUAUCAAGGAGUAUCGUAAGCGAAAUGAAAAGUCGUUGAAACUUAUUCGUAUUGUGCUCUUUCAAGAGAACGUCUUCAUGGAUUUCAACAAGGCUUUUGCAUGCAAAGAUCCAUCUACUACGUCUGCAGAUUCUAGGAAAGGUAGACAAAACAAUACUAAACUUUAUUUACAUUGCACAGAUACCUGUAUAGGUCUACCAGUUCUAAACUAAUCUCCUUGGAGAUCCAGUAAGGGUAUCCAUGAAUGAUCCGGGUUCGGUAAUGGACACCAUGUACUUGUCCAGUACGUGUUACUACAGGAGAUAAUCUUAAAUAACUUAAGCAUAGCUGAAUAACUCUGUUGCUCGAUCCAAGUUGCCUCCAGAGUUACCAGUAAAGGAUGAUCCAUUAUUGGUCAAAUAUUACUACAGGAGGAAACCCAAACUAAACUGUUUAAUAAUACACUAGCUGUAUCUGUUCCUAACUGUUCACCUUAAUAUUUAGCAAAGAAAAUGUCUAAACUAAAUUAUCUUCAUGAAUAGACCCUAAUUUCAUAAAUGGCUGGCAAUUAAAAAUUCUUUUAUGUGCAUAUAAAUUGCCCCAACUAGCCUUGUUUCUGGGUAGAAAUUCCUUUGAAAUCUUAACAUGAGUAUGAGGCUAGUUGGGCCAAUUUAUAUGCACAUAAAAGAAUUUUUAAUCGCGCACGGGUAGCCAUUUAUGAAAAGGGUCUAUAGCUCUCAGUACUAAACAGUUCUCCACAAGGUGCAGUAAGGCCCGGGACAAACGGCUCUCUUUUAAUUUGCUGAACCUAAGAUAACGAGAACUAUUAUUGAGUUCCCUAACCUUCUUAUUCUAUUGACUAUGGUUUGGCACAAUGAAAAGAGCGACGUUUGACCUGGGCCUAUUAGGACCAUAUACCAGAGAAAACAUGCGGCUGUUUGGUCUUCUCACAGUGACGAAGGAGAAAUUGUAACCAGACUGCCGCACAAUGACGGAAUUAGACAUAAUCACAAACCAUUUGCCAUUAACAUUGUUACAGGUACACUACAAACAAGGCAACAAAUUACUCUGGAAAUUGCAGCAAAGACUUUGAGUGACAUCACAAAGGUUAAGGAAGAACUCAGGCAGGUGGAAGCCAAACUUUUAAGACCAUUCAAUUAA